AUGGAGAGUGAUAUGGAUCCGAAUGUUUUAAUGGACCGAUACGAGUUGGGGAGAUUGCUUGGUCAGGGAACAUUUGGGAAGGUUUACUAUGCACGUAGUAAGGUGACUAACCAGAGUGUUGCGAUUAAAGCAAUCGAGAAAAAUAAGGUUGUGAGAACCGGGCUUGUUGAUCGAAUCAAGCGUGAGAUAUCGGUUAUGAAAUUGGCUCGACAUCCCAAUAUUAUACAGCUUUUUGAGGUUAUGGCGACUAAGACUAAGAUUUACUUUGUUAUGGAGUAUGCUAAAGGUGGUGAGCUUUUCAACAAGGUUUCGAAAGGAAAACUCAAAGAAGAAGUUGCGCACAGAUAUUUUAAACAGCUAAUCAACGCGGUUGAUUUUUGUCACAGUAGAGGCGUGUAUCAUCGAGACAUUAAGCCUGAAAAUAUUCUAUUGGAUGAAAAUGGGAAUCUAAAGGUUUCUGAUUUUGGGUUAAGUGCUCUUGUGGAGUCAAAUCAAGAGGAUAGUAUGCUCCGUACGCCUUGUGGCACUCCGGCCUAUGUUGCUCCUGAAGUCAUUAAAAGAAAAGGGUAUGACGGUGCGAAAGCCGAUAUUUGGUCUUGUGGAAUAGUUCUAUUUGUUUUAUUGGCAGGUUAUCUCCCUUUUCAUGAUUCAAAUUUGAUUGAGAUGUAUAGGAAGAUAAGCAUAGCAGAAAUAAAAUAUCCUAGUUGGUUUCGGCCUGAAGUUUGCAAGCUAUUAGGCGAUAUAUUGAAUCCGAAACCCAAUACUAGGAUUUCCAUAGCUGAGAUUAAGGAACAUUGUUGGUUUAAAAAUGGACCAAAUGCUAGAAAUAAAAAACCAAAAGUGGAAAACAGCACUCUUUCUGUUUGUUCUUCCAGUACAGUUUUGUCUGAUCAAAAUGACGAAAACGACGGUCUAGAAGCAGAAGAAGCAAAGGAAGAGUCGUUUGUGCCGAUCAGCAUAAAUGCCUUUGAUAUCAUUUCCCUUUCAGUUAGCUUCGAUCUUUCUAGAUUCUUUAAAGACGAUGUUCAGACAAAAGAAGCAAGAUUUAGUUCAAAACUACCUGCAUCAGUCAUCAUCUCGAAGAUGGGAGACAUUGCUAAGAAACUGAGGAUGAAAAUUAAGAAAAAAGCUGCUGGUUUGUUGAAAUUAGAGGGAUUGGAUGAAGGUAGGAAAGGGGUUUUAUCCAUUGAUGCAGAGAUCUUCGAGAUUACUCCUAAUUUCCAUUUAGUUGAGGUGAAAAAAUCAAAUGGAGAUACAUUAGAAUAUCAAAAAAUUCUGAAAGAGGAUAUUAGGCCUGCUCUUCAGGAUAUUGUUUGGGUGUGGCAAAGUGACCAACCACUGCAAUCUCAGCUAUCAGAUCAACAGCUACAGAUCCAUGACCAGCAGCAAUAA